AUGGGGUUCAAUAAGACGUACAUCAGUAUCGGGUAUGCCUCUUUUGGCAUGCUUAUGGGAUUCUCAGCGUUUCUCGUGUGGAACAUCGCGUACAACCAACCAUGGACAGCUGCAAUGGGAGGAUUAUCAGGUAAAAACAAGUAUUAGCCAGAAUGUAAACAAUUACUUAUUUUGUGGGUGAGGUUGCGGACAAUAUGUAACAGUAUAUAAUGCAAUAUUUUCAGGAUUUACCUGUCCAUCUGACUACAUCUGAGCUGAAUAUUGCCACAGUAGGCUACCCCAUCUCUUACAGUGCACGAGUUUAGAUUGACAAAUAGUCAGAAGCCCACACUUUAUUUAGCCUUUUCAAAUUUCUAAAUGUUAUAGCUAAAGUCCUAAACGUUUUACCCCAGGUAUUCUAGAAAGUUGGACUGUUCAACUUCACUUGAGCAGAGAAUAGCUACAUAUCUAUACACCAAGCUAGCUCCUACAUGAUCUCUAUGCAACUUUGGCAACAAAAAAAAGUAGUAGCAUUGCAUUACAUAGGUCUUAUACAUGUACAUGUUAGUCAUUUAGCAGACGCUCAUGAAUAUCUAGGAUAACUUUAUUACCCAGUAAAAAAUAAAUAGAUGUAUAUCCAGCACUGUCUACUUAAGUGUUUCCCAAAUAUUUUCAGCUUCAUGCAUUUUAUAUUUUCUGCCUGGUUAACCUGGAAUUCUGGAUCUUCCGGAUGCUUAAACCACACUGGCCAAAAAACAGUCAGGUGUCAACGCAAACUGUGUGUUAUUUCUGCUUACACUGUUUGGGACUGAAGACUUUUGAUAAAUCUCCUCCGAUUAAUUUAGCACGUGUCCUGUUACUCAUCCCAUUUGAAGUUCUCAGCAUCACCAUUACAAUUUGCUGACCUAGAGUAGAAGCCUGAACCAACCAUAAAGUAAUACAUGUCUAUUUCUAUGGGCACAAGCACUUUUCAUGACACAAACUGUUCACACCGAUCUUGUUGGUGGAGAGAAUUUUUGCAGGUUUAAAGUUUAUUUCCUGCAAUUCUACACAUUUUAUCAUGGGGUGCUGAGAAAAAUGUGCAGUUUUGAAAGCUAAUUUUCUUGCAAUUCUAUACAUUUUGCCAUGCCUAAUGUGUAUGCAUGUGAUAUUUGAAUGACUCAAACAUUACAACAAAAUCAAGAGCUAAAAAGCCUAUCUAAAAAUGUUUUGCUGACAUGGGCUAGUUGAUUUGGACAUUUCUGACAAGUUAUAAAUAGCUCUCUAAGGUAUACAAUGACUGAUAUGACAAGAGGAAACUAAUGAUGCACUACCCAAUUUCGAAAUUGCACCUUGUGCUUUCUACUAUUACAACUUUCAAGAGUAAAUUGAAAGCUGGAAUUAGUUCCUUAAAAGAAAAUAAGGAAGGACCCCCCUGCCAACCCCUCGCGCCCCCCACCGUUUGAGAACCACUGCACUAGGUAACAAGUGGUGCAUUUAUGGCUGUGAACUUUGACCUCUCAGGUCAGCAAGCUGAUAUCUGUGUGACAUUCCUCUCAUCUCUGUUGUAGGCCUACAUUUUUCUUGUGGAGUUGUGAUAACAUCAUGUGGUGCCUGUGCCAAUAGAGAGAGAAUCAAUAAGGGUGCAAUUCUUGCUAGGGUUUUCCGUGGCAUGUGCUUGGUCAUAUGAUUCUAGACCAUUAGAUGGGGAAAGGAGUGGGGUCAGCAUGGCAGAUUGACACAGCAGAAUAAGCCUAGCCUAUUCUCUCUAGCCAGGACUCAGGACGGUCAAUUGAACUUCCUAGCUUGGCUGCAUCCUGAUUCUCUACACUUCCCCCAAAAACCUCCCUGUCAUGGAUUUAAAAGCAUUGGAUUGAUAUAGCCCUAAGCAUUGGCUAGAGGGAAUUUCAACCAUUGUUAGAUCCACAACCGGAUUUGUGCAAAUGCACACUUCAGUAGAAGGGUGGGGAACCGUGACUCAGCCCUACUCACUAUCUGACCAUGCUUGAAAUGAAGCAAGUAUGGUACUUUCCAACCUCAAACACUGUUUUAACAACCAACCCUGAAAAAAGUUUAUGUAGGCUACUUGCUCAUUAGUUUUGGGCCCGAAUUCAAAAUGAGUGUCAGAGUAGGUGAUGAUUUAGGAUCAGGUCCCCCCUGUCCAUAUAAUUUCAUUCAUAUUGAUUAAAAAGGCUAAACUGAUCCUAUAGGCCUAUCAGCAGUGCUCCUACUCUGAGACUCUUUGUCCAUACGGCCCUUAACAUUGCCAUUUUGUCCUAUCUAGCAUGGCCAACUAGUGAAGACCAUUUUAGCCUAAUAUUGUGUAAGAUGCGGUGAAAGUGGAUUAAUGUUAGUGCUAUACGCUGUCAAACCCAAAUGUGGUUAUGAAACAGUAAAAGAGGAACAUGGAGGAGUGAGUGACAGAACAGUGUGAUUUGAGACACAAUGACAUAGCAAAACAUGAUACGCUUUGUCAGGAUAUGUUCACCCGUAAAAUGUACAUGACAUUUUAGUCAUUUAGCAGACGCUCUUAUCCAGAGCGACUUACAGUAGUGAGUUCAUACAUUUUCAUACUUUUUUCGUACUGGUCCCCCGUGGGAAUCAAAGCCACAACCCUGGUGUUGCAAGAGCCAUGCUCUACCAACUGAGCCACACACUGACAUAGGCUACACCAACAAGACCUCAGACUCAAUAUUGUCUACGGACAGCUCAAGAUUGUAGUUAGACAAGCAAAGGCAUCUCUUGACUUGAGAAAACCCCUAAUCUUACAAUGCUUUUUCAAAUACAGUUCAAUUUGAUACUAUGCAAAUACUUGCGAUAGUUACACAUGCUUGUCUCAUGUCAGUAAUUGACUUAGUGUAGGGAUUGUGAACGGCCAGCCCCUGACUGUGAACGUGCGUCUUUCCCCCUCAGGUGUGCUAGCGCUCUGGGCCCUCAUCACCCACAUCAUGUACCUGCAGGACUACUGGCGCACCUGGCUGAAGGGCCUCAAAUUCUUUCUCUUCAUCGGAGUCUUCUUCUCCCUGCUGGCCGUGGUGGCUUUCAUCACCUUCCUCUCCCUCGCCAUUACCAACAAGGAGUGUGAGUCUCACACACCUCCCUUCUCUCACUCAUUCAUUCACUCCUCCUUUCAUCCUAAUUUGCUUCUCCUCUCCCCUUCACUUGCUCUGCUGUUCAUUUGCAAAUGGCUACGUCUCUCCCCCAUUUGCUCCCCUUCUCAUCCAUUGUACUUUUUCUUGUUGGUGCAUUAGGAUGUAUUUAGUCAUUAGUAUUGCAUAUUUGAAUCCCUUAGGGCACGUCCACAUGACUCCAUGGGAUCAUUGCCUUUUGGGUUAUGCUACGAGCCUGAAGCUUUGGUCACUUUUCCUACAGGAACCUUCAUUGAGAAGCACCUGACUCAAUGAAUUGUGUAACAGUGUGCCAACCAUGGCUUUUGCUCGGAGUCUGCAAGUCUCUAAUGUCUGUCAUAUCUCUGUGGUUCCCAGCCAUGACUGACCCGAGGAGCCUGUUUCUUUCGGGUGUGUGGAGCUUCAUGACCCUGAAGUGGUCCUUCCUGCUGGCCCUCUACUCCCACCGCUACCGCAAGGAGUUUGCCGACAUCAGCAUCCUCAGUGACUUUUGA